UCCAGAUAGCGCGUUGUUAGUGCACCCACGACUUUCGGAUGUAUUCCAAUGCAAAUAUCUUGGCGGAGCUGUCGUACAAUUGUGCAGAUGUGCGAUAGCAUGCAAGAGUGUUUAGUCGUCUCUCUUCCAACUUAUUAUCUUCAUUCAAUAAGUUGACAGAUAGUGCAGUCAAACUAGUGUCGUUCUUUGAAUGACUUGUCCUGCAGUCGUUAGGCACGUCCAGCACUUUGUCAGUCUUGUAUCAGUUCUCAAAUCAGAUCCAUACUUGAGCUCAAGACCUGUCAUCCUCAAAGCGCGUCCCCCGGAACUCUGGAGUGGACAGAUAUUAGAGGGACAUAUAACUUGUUAUACACCGCUCUAUGUAAUUUCUUAUCUUUUGUCAAAAACAAGCGACACAAUGGAUUUCUCGUUCUGCCGCCUAUUAUGUCUUGUGAUUGCAAUCACUAUGUUCAAUCAAAGGGUAGAUUCCAACAAGAUUCUUGGGCUGAAGAUCCCCAAUAUCGACCCCAUUCUCAAUGCUAACACCGUUUGCUUGACCCUGCCUGGACUGAACCACAGACAACUGGAGGUGUGCAUGAGAAACCCCGACGUCACCGCCUCGGCCAUCCAAGGCAUCCAGAUUGCCAUCCAUGAGUGCCAGCACCAGUUCAGAGGACACAGGUGGAACUGCUCCAGCCUGGAGACCAGGAACAAGAUCCCAUACGAUAGUGUGGUUUUCAAACGAGGUUUCCGAGAGAGCGCCUUUGCAUACGCCAUCGCGGCAGCGGGCGUGGUCCAUGCCGUGUCCAAUGCCUGCUCCAUGGGGAAGCUGAAGGCGUGCGGCUGCGACGAGAAGCGGAGAGGCGAUGAGGAGGCUUUCCGCAUCAAACUGAACCGGUUGCAGCUGGAGGCCAUCCACCGGGGGAAGGGCAUGGUGCACGGAGUCAUGGAGCACUUCCCUGCAGACCUGCCCGGGCCUCAGGACUCCUGGGAGUGGGGAGGCUGCAGCCCCGACGUGGACUUUGGGGAGAAGUUCUCCAGGGACUUCCUGGACUCGCGCGAGACAUACAAGGACAUCCAUGCCAGGAUGAGGCUCCACAACAACAGAGUUGGCAGGCAGGUGGUGAUGAACCACAUGAGACGGAAAUGCAAAUGCCACGGGACAUCAGGAAGCUGCCAGCUGAAGACCUGUUGGCAAGUCACACCGGAGUUCAGGGUGGUAGGCUCGCUGCUCAAGGAGCGUUUCCACAUAGCCACCCUCAUCAAAGCGCACAACAGGAACACGGGCCAGCUGGAGCACGCCCACCACCCCACACACAGACGGCUCAACGAGCUGGUCUACUUUGAGAAGUCCCCGGACUUCUGCGAGAGGGAUCUGCGGUCCGACUCGGCCGGAACGCAAGGGAGGAUCUGUAACAAGACGAGUCACGAAAUGGACAACUGUGAAAGCCUCUGCUGCGGGCGAGGCCGUAACAUUUUACAGCAGACCCGCAGUGAACGAUGCAACUGCAAGUUCCACUGGUGCUGUUACGUGGUUUGCGAAGAGUGUCGAAUAACAGAGUGGGUCAGUGUCUGCAAAUGAAGAAAUGCCGAAAUGUAAUAAUCUACCUUUUUUUUUUUUUUUUUAACA